AUGUUACGUAACUUUUUGCAGAUAAUAAAUACUCUCCCGACUAUUACCUAUAGUAACUCGCAGAGUUUAAUAAGACCUAUAAGUAACUUACUUCGUAACCUAAUUAUAUACUACGUAGAUACUCGUACUUUUCUAAAGUACUACCUUAACCGCCGGAUUAAUAAGAACCUUCCUACUAUUAUCCGAGGUCUAAAUCUAGAUAAUAAUAUUAUAUAUAUAGCCUAUCGAAUAAGCCGGAUAAUUAACCCCGACCGCCUAUAA